AUGGCUUUGAAACGAUCUGAUAGAAGAAAAGAAGAGAAGGACCCGUUUAUUGAUGACGCAGCUGAAGAGGACGACGAAGAGGAUGAAGAAGAAGACGAAGACUACGAUGACGAUGACGAUGACGAUGUCCGUCCUAGAAAAAGAAAAGCAUUCAAUCCUUUCAUCGAUGAAAUGGCUGUCGUAGAUGACGAUGAAGACGAAGAAGAAGAAGAAGAGGAGUAUGGCAAAGAAGAUGGCUUUAUUGAAGAAGGUGACGAGGAUUUGACUCCGGCCAAGACAACAACACGACGUCACCAGGAAGUAGAUCGACAAAGAAGAGAAAUGGAGAAUAUGAAUGAAGAGCAAAUUGCUGCUUUCUAUUCACAAAAGUAUGGUAAUCGUCGUCGGGGACAGUUGUAUACACAAACAGAAGAUGUACCCCAGCAAUUAUUAUAUCCAAGUGUUAAUGAUCCCAAUUUAUGGAUGGUGAAAUGCAAACCGGGAAAAGAAAGAGAUAUUAUAUUUGGCCUAAUGAAAAGAUAUUUUGAUCGACUUCAUGGACCCAAUCCAUUAGACACAUUUUCAGCGUUCGCCAGAGAGACACUAAAGGGCUAUAUUUAUAUUGAAGCAAAGAAGCAAGCCCAUGUUCAGGAAGCCUUACUCAAUAUUCCCAAUAUCUAUAUGACGACUCUCAUGCUAGUACCUAUUAGUGAUAUGAUAGGCGCUAUCACGGUUCAAAAGAAAGAAUCGCCCGUCGAUGUAGGUGCUUGGGUUCGUAUCAAGCGUGGUACCUACGCUGGCGAUUUAGGUCAAGUCGUUGAAGUGAACGAAGCUCAAGACUCAACUGUCGUUAAAGUUGUUCCUAGACUUGAUCUUGAGAACAAAAAUCAUCAACAAGAUGAGUUUAAUGCCAAUGGCAAACGCGGUAAAAACAAUAAAAUACGCCCACCUCCUCGAUUUUUCGUUCCCGAAAAAUUAGCAAAUCGAGCCUAUUCCAGCCUUCAAAAGAAGGGAUCUUAUUGGGUCUACAAUGGCGAUUCCUAUCGUGAUGGGUACCUUGAAAAAUCCAUGAAAAUGGCUACCUUACAAAUAGAAGGUGUUAACCCUUCUUUGGAAGAAAUUGCAAAGUUCGCAGGCAACAACGAAUUGACUAGCGAGGAUGGCGAGAGAGCGCUUGAUUUAGCUUCAUUAUCCAAUUUAGCCAUCAACAACACAAAGGAAGAAGCCACUCUAUUUCAACCGGGUGACGCUGUUACGGUUGUAGAAGGUGAUAUGAUACACGCAACAGGCAUCGUUGAUAAUGUCAAGGAUACCUCCGUUACUGUCAGUUUGAAAAUAGAUGGUUCUGACAAAAAAGUUACUUUACCCGCUCGACAGCUUCGUAAAACGUUCAAAGAAGGUGAUCACGUUAAAGUUAUUAACGGUCGGUUCAAGGAUGAAAGUGGUCUCGUACUCAAAGUGGACGGAAAUAUUGUUACCUUGCUCUCUGAUGCCUCACUAAAAGAAGUCAAGGUUUUCUCCAAAGAUUUACGUGAAGCGGUUGAGGUUAUGUUUGGUAAGACUGUGAUUGGCAAUUAUGAGCUGCAUGAUCUUGUUCAACUGGAUUUUCAUACUGUGGGUGUAAUUGUCAAGGUCAACCGUGAUUCUUUCCAGGUUUUGACUCAAAAUGGUGAAAUGCGUACGGUCGAACCACAUCAAAUUACCAACAAACGGGAUAGUACAAGAGCAGUUGCCACAGACGCAAACGGAAAUAGUAUUCGUGAUGGUGAUACCGUAACGGAAGUUCCUGGUGGUAGACGAAACUGCUCAAUCUUGCAUUUGUAUCGUCAACUCGUCUUUUUGCACUCCCGUGAGCACACGGAUAAUUAUGGCGUAUGGGUGACGAAUACACGUUCUAUUGUGAGCGCAGCGCCCAAGGCUCAUUUCUUAAGUAACACGACAACUCAAAACCCUAAUAUGCAAGCACCACGUAACGAUUUCAACGGGCGUGGAGGUUUUGAUGCACGUGGUGGCCGUGGUGGCCGUGGAGGUAUGCGUGGCGGAUUUAUGGGUCGUGGACGUGGUGGCAGAGAUAAUCUGGUUGCCAAAACCGUUCGUAUCUCUCAAGGCCCACAUAAAGGUUAUAUUGGCAUUGUUAAGGAUACAACGGAUACGCAUGCUCGUGUGGAACUUCAUACCAACUCCAAAGUGCUCAGUAUCGAUAAAUCUCAUUUGACUAUCCUGGAUGCACAAGGUAAUCCUAUUGGACAAGCCGCAUCUGGUACUUUCGCCGAACCUUUCCCUGUCAAUAACAAUAACAACGGUGCAUUUGCUAGACCUAUGGGCACGCCUAGUAGGUUUAAUGAUUCUGGAGCCAAGACACCAGCGUGGUCGAGUUCUCGAACACCGAACCCAUACGCAGCUGAUGGUGGUAGAACACCAGCUUGGAAUUCAGGAUCCAAAACACCUGCAUGGAGUUCUAGUGCACGUACACCCAAUCCUUACGCACGAAAUAAUGAUGGAGGACGCACACCUGCCUGGGAUUCAGGUUCUAAAACACCAGCUCAUGGUCGACAUAAGGAACCCACAUCAUCAACAUCAACAGCAACGUGGAGUGCAUCGGCGAACCCAUUUGGAUAUACCAAUCUUAGCGGCGCUUUAACACCAGGUUUUUACGGUGAUGAUAUCAAUAAGCCUGACCCUAGGUUUGAUAACAUACCACUUACAGCGCCUACACCAAAAUCAUCAUGGAAUACAGCACCCACUCCAGCUGCAUCCAAUGUUCCAUUUGAUAUCAGAGCUCCUACACCCGCUGCUUCAGGCAUUGAGCAACAUACAGUACCACGAACACCUUAUAGUAAUCUAGAUAUCCCUUCAACUCCUUACGCAUCAGCCCCUACUCCCGGUGGCAAUCUUGGUAUUCCCGCCACACCUGCGGCGUUGUCUGCUCCUACUCCUGGCGCUAAUUUAAUACCUGCAACACCCGCUGCAUUUUCCUCAUCUACGUCAUCUUCUUUAGCAGGUCCAUCAAACGUUAGCCAUAAAGUAAUUCCUACCACGCCUUUUAUGCCCACGGGUGGCGAUUAUAAUAGUGAUAUGAUGGAUGAUGAUCACCAUCAACAUGAAGAAGAGAGUGAAGACAAUUGGCCGAUUGAAGAAAUUGCAGUACAGUUGAAAGACAAUGGCUCGAAGGGUAGAAUAACGUCCAUAAAGAGAAGUAGUCGUACAUGCAUGGUAGCGAUGGAUGAAAACGGUAGUCAAACAGAGAUUUCUUAUGACGAUAUAGAACCUGUGCGACCUGGUAAGAAAGACCCUGUACGUAUUAUGCUGGGUGAACACCGUGGAGAAUUAGGCAUGUUGAUUGGUGUAGAUAGCCAUGAUGGCAUUGUCAAGUUGAAACACGGUGGAAGUGGCUUCAAGAUUUUGAGCAUGAAUUUUGUUGGCAAAUAUACGGGAUCAGAGAAUGUUGAUUAA